AUGAUCUAUAUCGUAUACAACAUCGUGCUGCGUGAGCAGCCGAUUUUGGCCAUUCCGGUUAACUUGAUAUAUGCUGUUGUUGUCGCCUUUGGGCUGUGUCCGAAAGUGGGACAACAGUAUGAAAUAAUUUCUGCCUCCACUUUCGCUUCGGCUGACAUCGUCAGAGCUGGCUUUUUACCGAAAGAUCACUACAAGCGGAUCGCUCUUGAGAGUCUAAACGCAAGACUCUCUCAGAAGCCGCCUGAAUCGGAGCCAUUGGAAGCCUGGCCGGCACUAGACGAAGAUGUUGCUCCUAGUCAGUCUGAAGGCAAUAGUCUCGCAUCCUCUCAGCCUCUACUAUCACCGCCGGCCUCCUCCACUAGCAGUGCCAGCCUGUCGCCGUCAUCGGCUGCGGCAGAGGGGGAAGGAAGGCGAGAGGAGAACCGAGAUGCAUCAGCAUUUCAUGUCUGA